CCAGAACUCCGGCCAACACAAGACAGUAUGAUUGUUCGGCAACUUGUGCGGCAAAGCCGCCAGCUUCGGGCUCUUCCCCGUCAGUCGCGCAUCUUGUCCCGAUUCUCUUCCACGGAGACGACUGGCCAGACUCCAGUACAGACUAUCGUUGCAGAGCAAGCACCUCAAUUAGAGACGCCUGCACCGGCUGUUGCGGUGCCGGAGCCUGGUACAUCUGGUGCACAAGAGAAAUUGGAUCCGAACACGCUCCGCAGGAUCAAAUUCCACAGUCUCGGUAGCGAUGUGACCGGCGUCUACCGGCCAGAGAGCCUCCUCAAAAACCCUCCCAAAGCCACCGACGUUACCCUCGAAAUGCUCCUCGCCAACCAGACACACCUUGGACACUCGACUUCCCGCUGGAACCCCCAGAACUCGCGCUAUAUCUUCGGUAUCAGGGAGGGAACCCACAUUAUUUCUCUUGACAUCACGGCGGCUUACCUCCGACGUGCGGCCAAGAUCGUGGAGGAAGUUGCCUUCCGGGGUGGAUUAGUUCUCUUUGCAGGCACGCGAAAGGGUCAGAAGCGUGCGGUGGUCAGAGCCGCGGAACUGGCUCAGGGAUAUCACAUUUUCGAGCGUUGGAUCCCUGGUAGUUUGACCAAUGGCCAGCAGAUCUUGGGCCAUUGCGACAAGAAGAUCGUGAACGGCUUGGAUGAGACGAUUGAGGACCUCUGGAAAGAGGAAUUGGAAGGUUACCGUGCACUUAAGCCCGACCUUGUUGUUUGCUUGAACCCCGUCGAGAACGUUGUCCUGUUGCACGAGUGUGGUCUCAACAACGUCCCGACUAUCGGUAUCAUCGACACUGACGCCGACCCGACUCGUGUCACAUACCCCAUCCCUGCCAACGACGACAGUUUGCGUUCCGUGACUCUGAUUGCUGGUGUGCUGGGACGGGCCGGAGAAGCGGGUCAGCAGAGAAGAUUGGCGCUAGCGCGCAAGGGUGAGUGGACGUAUAAACUCAUGCAACCACUCCGUCAACAAGUAGAGGAGACGACCCUGGAGACUGCGGAAGGACAGACGCCUGAAGCCUCUCAGGAUGUUGUGUCUGAGGAAGUCCCUUCUGAGGGAAGCCCGCUGGACAAGCCUAAGGAAGGGGCCUCCAAGGAUGACGAAUAGAGUCGAAGUGUUGACUAUUGCUCUUAUUGAUAUCUGUCUGUCUACAUCUGAACUUUCGGCUGGGAUUGUAUUGUAUAGGACAUUGUAAAUUUUCCUUUUCUCUGGUGUUAUAUCAUGUAUCAAC